AUCCUAAUUCCUUGUUCGUUGUCCUCCAUCAAGGAAGUUUAGCGUAGCUUAUCGUCUAGCAUCAAACCGGUACAAUAUCGUGGAAUCUGAAAGGUGCCAAAAAUCAGAAAUCCACUGGGCAGAAGAAGAUUGGAUUGAAGCGUUUUGCUGUGACACGAAUUAGAUUCUAAAAAUGGCAGAUGCGGAUAUCAUGGUUUCUUGUCCCUACAAUUCUUCGCAUCGUAUUCGUAAAUUUAAACUUAUGAAUCAUAUAUCAAAAUGCAAGAGAUAUAAUAAGAAGGAAAACAUGGCAGUGUGUCCAUUGGACAAGAGUCACAUUGUAGAGCAGGACUCUCUCAGGGAGCACAUUGAAAUGUGUUCUAGUAUUGGAAAAGCGGCAGAUAUGGAUAUUGGAAAUAUUGAAGCAAGAGACCCGGAUCCUCCUAGUAGCUUGUACUUAAAUGAAAAUUGGGAAGAGGAUCCAGAAUUUCCGCAUUACGAUCCGAUGGAAGCUUCAGCGAAAAUGCCGGUACUUCGAUGUGUGCCUGGAUUGACAAAAGCAGAGAAAAAGAAAUUUAGGGACAACGAACGAGAGCGUAUAGCAAAUCUCAAAGGGUUUCCGAGCACAGUCUUAGAGUCUGCGAACAUGACUUGUGAAGCACCAUUACAUCCAUUACGUCCUCCUCGUAACGCUAGUACAGCAUCAGAAGAUGCUGCAGCGUCACAAGCUACUGCAGCAUCUACAAGCAUUUUACAAAAUGACUUUGAUAAAAUGAAAAUACAUGAAGAUGAAAAAUAUGAUUCCGAUGAUCGUAAUACAGGUGCUCGUCCUUGCUUUGCUCCUAACAUUCAUGACAGUUCAUUCCACAGAAUGUUAUAUGAUGAAUUAGCUCCUAAAGAUGACGAGAUUAAGCAAUUAGAACAGUCUCUACGUAACACUAAUUCGGCACGUAGAUAUGAUACACGUACCACAAUCUUCUCGCCAGAAGGAAGACUGUACCAAGUCGAAUAUGCUAUGGAGGCUAUAAGCCAUGCCGGUACUUGCCUGGGUAUAUUAGCAAACGACGGUAUUCUACUGGCAGCUGAGAAACGUAAUACCAACAAGUUGCUGGAUGAAGUAUUCUUCUCCGAAAAAAUCUACAAGUUGAACGACGACAUAGUUUGUUCAGUGGCUGGUAUAACUUCGGACGCGAAUGUCUUGACGAAUGAAUUGCGUCUUAUUGCACAGAGAUACCUUCUUCAGUAUGGUGAAGCUAUACCUUGCGAGCAGCUUGUCUCGUGGUUAUGCGACGUUAAACAGGCAUACACUCAAUACGGUGGAAAGAGACCCUUUGGUGUAUCUAUCUUAUACAUGGGAUGGGACAAAUAUUACGGAUAUCAGUUGUAUCAGUCAGAUCCUAGUGGAAACUAUGGCGGCUGGAAGGCAACGUGUAUCGGGAAUAAUUCGGCAGCGGCUGUGUCGUCCUUGAAGCAGGAAUAUAAAGAAGGCGAGACAACUCUGAAAGACGCAAUGGCACUCGCUAUCAAAGUGCUCUCUAAAACGUUGGACAUGAAUAAACUCACUGCUGAGAAGGUGGAAAUGGCGAUACUGACGCGCGAAGAUGGUACAACAAAAACAAAAAUACUGCCAGCGAAUGAAGUGAACGCCUUAAUUGCGGAACACGACCGAUUAGAAGCACUGGCAGAACAGGCGAAGAAAGAAAAGCAAAAAUCGUAGAAAUUUAUAUUAAAUAAGAAAAUUAAUCCACUGUGGUGACUAAGUUUACUGUAUCAGGAAGAAAUUGAUAUACAUGCAACUCAAGUGUUUAUAUAUGUACUAUAAAUUAUUUCCUUGCCGCAGGAGUGAAUCCUUACAAUGAUAGCAUUAUCAUCUUCAUUACAAAACAACGGUUAUAGGAUUAAAGAUAGGAUUAAAAAUUUUUCCAUAAAUGUGUAUCACAUGUUAUACUUCUUCUCCUUGUAAUUUCCUAUAUUCUCAUCUCAUUAGCAUAAUCGAUGUGAUUUUGA